GUUAAUUACGUAUUUUUUUGCAAAAAAAUCUGGGGUUGAAGAUUUAUCAAUCGAACAUGUCAUGAUACUUCAUUUGGCUUAGAUUUUGAAGUUUUUUGCGUUUGGCUUUGAGGCCAACCGUUCGGAUCUUGCCUUGAAAUGAUUCACACGAUUUCCUAAGCUCAUCGAAUGUUUCAUAUGCUUCUGUUUGAAGUUCAAGGCAGAGCAGCUGAUCCUCAAUGUCGAGAACCUGCUGAUAAAGAGACGCGAAAUCCUGGAUUAUAACUGCGUUUUUUAAACCAGCAUUCAGUUCUUUAGUGUUAACAUCGCCAUCAUCAUCCAUCGCCGUUUCAGCAAUCUUCAUCGUCUAUUCGUUUUAUAUUUGUGAUACUUUGCCUACCGGCGAAAUACGCACAGAUCGCGCAGGUUCAAGUUGCGUACUUCAGAGGGAGACUACUGUAGUGAUUCCAUGUCCUCUUUAUCUCUUUGUCUGUAGGCAGUUGAUACGUUUGUUUUGGCGAUAUGGGGCUUGGCACUUGCUAUUUGUUUAAGAUGAUGUUAAAAUAUGUAGUUUCUGGGACAUGUAUGUGCUCAAACAAGACACUCAUUUCAUUCUGUAUGGGAAUCAAAUUUAUUAUCCCCAAUUGGCACUCGAGGGUCAUAUGGAGGGCUAGGCAUUUUAUCGAAUUUGUUGAGGCUGUUGUACCACUGUUACUACAAUUCCAAUAGAACAGUCUUGGUUAUUGGCUAUUAAUUUGAAGCGUCUGAUAUUGAUCAAUGACGAGUAUGAGAUUGACUUCUUCUUCGAUAGCUUCCAAUGUAUUUGUUAAUAUUCUAUGCGUAACAAUAGAAGAAGAUGGUGGUAUGGAAAUCGAUGUGGAGGGUCUACCGCAUCCCCAUUGAGAUUUGCCAAUGACAUUUUCGUUGAAAGGAAGAAAGAAAAGCUUGCAGGAUAUCUUCUCACGAAAAACGUGUUUAUGUGUUGAGCAUAAAACUCAAUGAGAAAUUAAGUGGUGUUUGGGGUUGUUAAUGAGCGAUAGCAUCCUUCUGAAAGUUCUUCUCUAUCCCUAAUUGUAGAAAAUCACACUUCACUGAUCUGCCUAACAGUGUUUUACGUCAUCUUCACAAAGUUUAUGUUUCUAUUUUCUGUAUUUUGCUGGAGGGGCAUUAACGAUAAUUGUAGGCACGUUUGAUAUUUAUGGAAUGCACCUGAAGGUCAAGACUCCAAAGACCAGAAAUGAGGACCAAGGAAACGAGAGGAAGCAGAGAACAGAAAAGUUCAGAAAGACCGAAAGCAGUGGGGGCAAACUGAGAAAACUCUGUAAAGGAGAUUCACAACUUGAAGCAAGGAGCGUUCAUAUUAAUGCUUUCUCACGAGUCAUGCGACUCAUGGAUGCGCGUUGCAGAACUUUGACAGUAGCGCAUCUAACAAAUCAUCUGGCUCUUGUAUAAACAAACAAAUCAAAGAAGGAAGCCAGCGUCUGGUCUGAUUAAUGGAACCGGAAGCAGAUGUUCAUGAAGGUGCCGGUGAGAGUUCGUCGUUUGGAAGUGUAUUGGAAUUAGGUGGUGAGCCUAGGACUGAGUGUACAUAUUCUGUACCAAAUGAGAUCAAUGAAGGCUUGGCCGAAAUGCCAGAACAGAAUUAUGGAAGUUCCUUAGACAUGACACCGGACAUUGGACGAGAAUCCUACGCAUUACGUCCUGGGAUCGAAUUCAGUACAGACUUAAGAAUGGAACUGUCUGCUGAUGUUUUGGCCUCCUUGGGAGGUUCUUCUAAUGAUGUGGAGAAGCCUCCCGAGGACAAUCUUCUUGACAUAAGUUCCAUGCGCGAGGAUUUGCGCACAGAACUGCAAUUCAUUCAAGAACUUUCCAUGAGUCCUCCACCUGACCCCGUUAACUCUUCAGAUCCUGGCAAUUUUACCUCUGAAGGGGCCAACACACACACUGAAGCGGACUCUGGUGCAUACGGACCUGUUGAUUCUGUCUCUGCUGAAGUUCAAUAUGAUUGCGCUGUACCUGCAUCCACAGACUCCGACUCCCCAGUACAUGCGCAAGUUGAUCCUACUCUUGGCGAAACUGUAAAUGACCAAGUUCAUCCUUCCGUCUUCGAAACUUCUGCACAAACUCCAGUCGAGGCUACUAGUAACAUGGUUUCUUUUGCAGCUUCGUUAUCUUUCCCCAUGACAUCCAUGAAUGCCCGUACGCUCGAGGUUGUUGGCUCUACUUACUAUGAGAAUUGCCCUGUGGCUUCGGGGCCCGACAUGUUACCUUCUGACAGAGUUGUGUAUCAUCCCGUUGAUGUUGCUUCGAACUCCCAGAGUACCAACACUACAGUGACACCAUUGUCAGUAUUAGAUGCAACUGGUGGCGGGAACGAAACCAGUUCACCUUUUGAGGUCGAGGGUACAGCGUCAGCAAUAGCUCUUGUAACUUCGGAUGUUAAUUCUUGUGGUGACAAGGACACUAAAACGACCGAGUUGGAGGAAAGUGCAGUGACCUAUGUACCUAGCUCGGAAGAAGAAGCCUGCUUCUUUAGUGUGGCUGUUGGCACUGAUUCCCUUCAAGUGCCGUCAGAGCGCAUCUCACCUCCUGCAGCUGAACGUGCUCAGGGCCUGAGCCCGUCCAGUUCCCCGGUCGAUUUUUCUAAAAAUAUACAUGAGAGACCUGCGGUAUCUGGUGAUGAUGAUGUCGGGCAAGACGUUCCAGUUUUCCCCUCGACUCUGACUAUGGGUGAAUCUUGUUCGUUAGAUUCGGGUCAUCUUCGGGAUGAGAACUCGGCUGUCAAGCUGCCAGAAUUGGCAGCCCUGGGCUCUUACGGCACCGGAAGAUUCUCUGGUGUAGCUGACCACGAAGUGGCUUCCUCAACUGCUGAGGGUUCUGCGGUUAUACAUGUUGAGAAGUUCCAGACGGAAUCUCACUCUAGUUUUGCACAAGACCUGCCUGAAGCUCAAGCCGAUCUAUCAAAUACUUGUUCUGCAGAUGUUCUUGUUGUUUCUGCUGUUCAAGCGCUUCCUCUUUUCUCACGGGUAGAGGCGUCUGAAGGAAACAAACAGAUAGGGUUCUUGCAUCUUCCAACUCAGGCCCCUCCCCUCUCAUCACCUUCACUAGUAUCUGAAAUGGAAUUGCACUCAUCUGUCAAUGGACAGUCUUCUCCUCCCCGUGAUUCUUCUGCACCUUCUGGAAAUGUUUCACCUGUUGCUUAUGCUCCUCCUUAUUCACCUGAACCUCCCGUUAUUCAAGCUACCCCAGGGUCUGCCGACGCUAUCAUCUCAAAAUCAGAAGCGCCAGCUCGUCUAGAACCUAGUCUGUUGUCACCCAAGGCUCCUCGAGCUGAUUCUGAAACUUCCUUACUUUCUGCUCGACCAGGCCAUUUCUGGGAUGUGCCCUCGUCCUCUGGUCGUUCUCUUCCUGCCUUACCUACCCUCUCUGCCUAUUUCGACGGAUCUCGCUCUCCCUUUCGUGGUAGGAAGACCGCAAGGAGGAAGAAGUCAAGCGAGUCUGUAUUUGAUAGUAAAGGUAAAACUUCAGGUGAGAUGGACAGAAUGGAUGAAGUGGUUGAGCUGGAAAACAUGAUCGAAGCACAGAAGAAGACGAUGCAGUGGCAGAUUGAUGAACUUCAACGCAUAAUGAUGAAGCAGUGUGAGCUUACUGGGAAGAAUCCGCUCUCCGAAGAAAUGAUUUACGAAGUUCUUGGGGAGAAAGGUGCAGAUAAGAAAUUAGGAGAAGUACCAUCAGCGGAAGCUUUGAAAAGUAUGAAAGAAGUAUUUGCGAUCAAAGACACUAUUACCAAGAAAGAGGCUCGUGAAAUCAGCAGCAUGACUGGAGCCACCGUCACUCAGGUCCGGGAGUUUUUUCAAACACAACGAAACCUUGUGAAGAAGCUUGUUCAGCAAGUCUAUGACGAGACAGGAAGAGUUGGUAUAAAGAACGCGUCGGAGCAAUCGCAGCCAAGCAUUCCUACUAUCAGUAACAAUGUUGGGGUUGAAAGAGAUCUUGGUUUUCACAAGCUUACGAGUAUUGAGUCUGUUGAGAGGUCUUUAGAGCUCAUGAGAGCUGAGCGCACAUUUUUCGGACAAAUGCAACUUCUGCAAAUUAUACUGCAAACAGAAGCAGGCGCUUUGAUUCUUCGAAGGUUUUUGGAGAAGGGGGGUCUGAAGGUUGUGGGCGGUUGGCUUGUGGAAGCAGCUGCUGAGGAGCAGACAAGUGUUCUGCGUCAGCUGCUAAAAGUUUUAGGCCACUUGCCAAUAAGUCAAUCGGUGCCUCAUCAGAUGCCAGCUUUAGUUCAAAACGUGAACAAACUUCGAUUUUACCAAAAUUCGGAUAUAAGUUCUCAGGCUCGAGCUUUACUUGCUAUGUGGAGCAAAAUGCUGAAGCAAAAGACUGAAGCACCAAAACCUGCAGCUGCAGUUACAGGCAAACCAACCGCUGCUCUAGAGAGAAAUCUGGCUUCAGCCCCUGGUGUUCAAAAAAGAAACCGUGAGACACUCUCAGUAACUCACGGCGGAUCAGGACCACGUAAGAAGAAAGCAAAGGAAGAAGAGACUUCACAGACCGACUUGAAGGCUUCAGGAGUUCCAUCUAUGGGUUCCCCUUCACGUAAUAUAUCAGGUCUAGUUGUUGUGGACCCCACAGUUUCCAACCAGCCAUCGGUUCCAAACCCACCACCAGCAGCCAAACAACGAUGGUCUCACACCCUGCAGCCAUCCGAAAGUGCGGUUGCUGCGGUUAGCGUUUCAAGAAAGAGAGUCGUCUCCAAGUCUCUCGGCGAUCAUGCCAAAGAGCGUCGCAAAUUACAACUGGUGGAAGAUAAACCUGCAGGAAAAUCCUUCCUGACUGGAGGGGCAUCCAAGUCAUCAAUAUCGAAGAAUUCCAGACCUCUUUCUACAGACGACAUUUAUAAAGCUAAAAAGCUUCAGCGACUCAUGCAAGAGCCGCUAACGAAAUCAAGGAGAAAGGCUGCUGCCGCUGAGGAAACUUCGCAGACUGUGGAUGUAGACCUUAAAACGGUGCCCAAGAAAAGCGUACCUCCCUCUAGGCCUGAGCAGCAGGAUCUCUCCAGAGGGUCUACAGGAAACACGUCAGUUUCCGAUUAUCAAUUUUUGAACAAGCGGGUGUCUUCAACGGCUGGUAUUAUCGAACGGACUGAGGUUUCUAAGUGGGAAACUCUUGCCAGCAGACUUCAGCAGGAUAUGUAUCAACCUUCGAUAACGCCUACUUCAUCGCCAGAUCGAGGUCAGAGAACAAUUACUCCGACCGCAUCGCCAGAUAGACCGCAACUGAUCAUAACUCCCAUCGCAUCACCUGAGCGUCCUCCUAUUGAGAAACCCAAUUCACCUCCAGAUCUUUCCGAAAUUGUCAGUACACCGUUGAGUCCGGAAGAUAUACCCCAGAGAGUGAUUACAUCCACAUCUGACCGUUCUCAAGGUAUUUUGUCAUCAGCAGCCAUUCUCGAUUCUAUUCCUCAGAAAACGUAUCCAAAGAGCACGUCAGUUUCAGCAGAUGAGUCUCAAAUAUUCACUCCUUUCAGCUCUAACCCGGGGUUGAUGGAGUCUGUGCAUCACGCAAUGAUACCCCAACAAGUACAACAACCGACAGACACGUUGGUUCCAGGCUUUCCGUUUGCAUGCAAGGAACCGAGUGAUGCAACAGUGUUUCCUGUCGGAGGUGAAGUAGUAAGACCUACCGAAAAUAUGCCCAGAGAUAAUCCCGUUUCUGUCACCGUGACAAACACACAUCCGGCCUUUUUGGACCAAAACCAUCCUUCUGCCCCAGUAUCGGGGCAGCUUUAUCCACAGAUGGAGUCGGGACGCCCUGCGACUGGCGUACCGUUGUAUACAAUACCUUCUCCGACUCCUGAAAAUGAAGUAGAGGUCAAGGAGGGACAACAGUUUGUUGAGAGUUCUAGUUCUCGGUUUCCACCAAAAGAACCUGCCGUCAUUGAUUUCUAUGCUGCUCUAAGAGCGAACAUGAUUCGAUGGAGAAUUCCAGCAGAAUUUCAUCUGGACCCUCAAUGGAAUGUAGCUGCGGGAGAAGACAGUAAAGAGAAAGAAAUGCAGUCUGCUCGCGUGAAGAGGGAAGAGGAGGCCUACUAUCCAGAUGCGAGUACUAUACCAAGUGACCCUAAAGAUCCCUGGGAAGAAGAGCCGAAUUAUGACGAUAGUCUUACAUUUGAGAUAUUCCUAGACAAUAAUCACCGGAAGGCUGCUUCUGCAAUGCAGAUUUCAACAGACCAUAUGAGUGCCCCAACCACGAAUGUGAUGCCGUCUGGAAUAGCUCCGAACAGUUUCAUGGCAGAACCGUCAAACAAUAUGUUUCAACCUGGAAGUGGGUAUAGUGCUGCAGAUUCUUCUGUUGAUCAGUCGAGGAGGGUACCCAAUGUCAGUGGGCUUGAUUUGCUACUCCAACAACUAUCUGCUGGGGGUGGAGUAGCACAUGAUCCAGCUCUUCUUACCCUUCUUCUACAGAAUCCUGAUCUCGUGAAUCAGCUGACUGCUGGCCAGGGUUAUCCUCAAAGCGGAAAUACAACUCAGAAUGUCUUCGCACCACCUUUGGACUCGCUCAAACAAUCAAGUAACAGUGGAAACCUUGGGGUUGGGUUAAGAACUUCAGCAGGAGAUCUAGGACUUGACAGAGUUGGAGCUUCAAACAUCUCAGUCACAAUGCCACCUGAUACAAUGCGAGUUGAAGAUUCAGCAUUGAAGCAUUCAUAUUCUGGGAUGGGACACCAGCAGAAUCCAGGAUUUGUUACUCAAGUUGGUGUUGACAAUCGAUACUCAGCUCCACCACAGAUGCAGCCCGCAGUGGGCAGCAACUCUGGUUGGGAGCAAGGUCGGAUGCCUCCACUUCCACCGCUGCCACCACCACCACCGCUGCCUCCAAUGCCGAGUGGAGGUAAUCAAGUACUACAAUCGUCCGUGCAGCCUCAAGCGAACAAAGUGACUAACUGGCCAGAACCUCAGCAGGCAUGGAAUAGUGUUGGAACGGUUGUUGGUAGGCCAGCCGUGAAUACUGCCCAAAUUCAUUCUGGUCAAGAGUUGCAUAUGAGACCACAGAAUAUAAUGACCCAUAAUGUGCGACCGCCGAAUUACGGUGGAAUGGUCCCGAUACCACAAGUGGAAGUAAGCUCUGUGGUCUCUCAGCAGGAAAUGCAUAAUGCUAGUCAGAGACAAUGGACUAAUGCGGCUCAUCUUGUCAUUGCCCCCUCUGCUAAUGAUAAUUCCAUGAUACAAGCUGGUCAGGAGUCAGGUGCAGGUAGGAACAACAGAUGGCCCAGGCCACCUGGUCCUCCGCCUCCACCUCCACCUCCUGAUCCUCAAAUGAGACCCGUAGGUAGAGAAUACUCGGACUUUCAGGGCAAUAGACAGGCUAAUGUUGCAGAGAAUAUGACCGUGUGGGUGCCUAACGAGAGAGGAAGACCGGGCCCACCUCCGUUUCAAGGUAGCUAUAGACCUCCGCCGCCUCCGCCACCUCCGCCAUAUCCUGCCCCACAACAACAACACUGGCAACAAACUCCAGAGCGGAAUGUGAGACCAGUCCAAACCAGUGCUGUUCCUCCCUACCCCCCGCACGGAAGAGAUUUGAGAACUCAGCAGCAACCUCCUCAACCUUGGCACCCAAACAUGGGGCCUCCUCCUAGACCAAUGUGGAGGGGUCCCCAGUGAGAGUAUCAGUCAUCUUAGUUUUACUUCUUUCACUAGCUAUGUAUGUCUAAAAGAACCAGUUUAGGAACACGUCAGUUAAUUAACAAGUCCGUGUGUACCACCGGGUUACAGUUGUGCUUCUGGAAUUCCCAGCACAUCGCCCAUCUGUUCUAGUAGAAUCGUCAGGUAGUUAGCGCAUGGAGUUGAUCACAAGGUGGUAGUUGAUGAUUUGAGAGUUCGCCGCUACUUCAUUUGACAAUGCCCGACUACAAUCAAUAUAAAGUGGUCUACGAGGAAGUCCGAAUUCUUGGAUCAGUUUGUGAGCAUAACACUCGCAGGGGUGAACAUGUGUCUCACAUGCUCCAAUGAUCAUUUACCGAAUUUGGCAACCCAGCAAUACCUCAGAACUUUAUGUGCAUUUUACACGUGAAUUCCAUUAAUGAUGAUGUGG